GAACUGUGUGCUCUUCAGAACAAUGGUACUUGGGAUCUUGUUUCUCUGCCUCCUGGGAAGUCUGUGGUUGGAUGUCGAUGGAUCUUCACAAUCAAGGUUGGUCCUGAUGGCACCAUUGAUCGACUCAAAGCUCGUUUGGUCGCCAAAGGUUAUACUCAAAUUUUUGGAUUAGACUAUAGUGACACUUUCUCUCCUGUUGCCAAGAUGGCCUCUGUCAGAUUAUUCUUAGCCAUGGCUGCUCUUCGUCGUUGGCCUCUCUAUCAACUGGAUGUUAAAAAUGCCUUUCUUCAUGGGGAUUUGCUUGAGGAAAUUUAUAUGGAGCAACCUCCUGGGUUUGUUGCUCAGGGGGAGUCUUCCGGUUUGGUAUGUCGUCUCCGCAAAUCACUUUAUGGUCUUAAGCAGUCUCCAAGGGCAUGGUUUGGUAGAUUCAGUACUGUAGUCCAACAGUUUGGUAUGACUCGAAGCGAAGCUGAUCAUUCGGUCUUUUAUCGACAUUCCACUGCUGGGUGCAUCUACUUGAUAGUGUAUGUUGAUGAUAUUGUUCUCACUGGUAGUGAUCAUCAUGGCAUUUCUCAGAUAAAACAACAUCUUUGCCAUCACUUUCAGACAAAAGACCUUGGUAAACUUAGGUAUUUCUUGGGGAUUGAGGUAGCGCAGUCUACAAAUGGAAUUGUAAUAUCUCAAAGAAAGUAUGCAUUGGAUAUUUUAGAGGAAACUGGGCUAAUGAAUUCCAAGCCCGUUGAUACACCUAUGGAUCCUAAUGCUAAACUUCUACCAAGUCAGGGGGAGCCUUUCUCAGAUCCUGAGAGAUAUAGAAGACUGGUUGGGAAAUUGAAUUAUCUCACGGUAACUCGUCCCGACAUCUCUUUUGCAGUUAGUGUGGUGAGUCAAUUUCUCAAUUCUCCAUGUGCAGGACAUUGGAAUGCAGUCAUCCGCAUUCUGAAGUAUAUCAAAGGUGCUCCAGGAAAAGGUUUAUUAUAUGGCUACAACAAUCAUACCCAGGUUGUGGGAUACUCAGAUGCAGAUUGGGCAGGCUCUCCCUCUGACAGGAGAUCCACCUCAGGCUAUUGUGUCUUUAUUGGCAAUAACUUGAUUUCGUGGAAAAGUAAGAAGCAGAAUGUAGUGGCAAGAUCUAGUGCAGAAGCAGAAUACCGUGCCAUGGCCUCUGCUACGUGUGAGCUUAUUUGGCUCAAACAGUUGCUUAAAGAGCUGAGAUUUGGCGAAGUUUCACAGAUGACUCUCAUAUGUGAUAACCAAGCUGCCCUGCAUAUUGCCUCAAAUCCAGUAUUUCACGAGAGGACCAAACACAUUGAAAUAGAUUGUCACUUCAUUCGUGAGAAGAUUUUAUCUGGGGACAUUACUACUCAGUUUGUUAACUCUACUGAUCAGUUGGCAGAUGUCUUCACCAAAUCAUUACGGGGUCCUAGGAUUGAUUAUAUUUGUAACAAGCUUGGUGCAUAUGAUCUAUAUACACCAGCUUGAGGGGGAGUGUUAGAUAUAAUUUAGUCUUAUGGGCCUAGGCCCACUACUUUGUAUUUAAACACAUCUCUAGAGCACAAUAUACACAAGGGAAUAUGUUCUCUUCAUUCACCAUCACUCUCAAUACA